AUGGAGCCCGAGACCAAGAGUGGGAACAGAACCGACACCAGAACUGAGACCAUCAACGCUCCAGAAGCGGAACUAGGCCUGGGACUGAGAAGGAGACCGAGAGCGAAACCGGCCCCAGAGCUGGCCCUGGGACCAAGACUGAGACCAACACCGACACUAGAACCUGCACCGGGAGUGCUCCAGCACUGUCCGGGGACCGACACUGGCACCGGCACUGGCAGGACUCCAGGGCUGACACUGGGAGCGGCGCCGGAACCAGCACCAAGACUGGCACCGGCGCCAGAACCGAGACUGAGAUUGGCCCUGGGAGAACUCUGGGACCAGCACCGGUACUGCUACCAGCACUGGGUUUGGGUCCGCUCCAAAACCAAGAGCGACAUUGAGACCGAGACUGGACGCCGGAAGUUUCCUCAGCGGGCGCCGCCAUCUUUUGUCCCGGUCUCCCGGCCCGGUUCCAGCAUGUCCGAGACCUACGAUUUCCUUUUCAAGUUCCUGGUGAUCGGCAGCGCCGGCACCGGCAAAUCCUGCCUGCUGCACCAUUUCAUCGAGAGCAAGUUGAAUCGUCUCGGGAUCAGCCCCGAGCUCAAGGAGAAGCUCCGGGAUGUUCUGGUGGAACGGCACCGGGUGGCGCUGGGCAAGACCCUGGGCGAGGGUGAGUUCGGCUCGGUGGUGGAGGGGACGCUGCACCAGGACUCCGGAGUUCUGCGCGUGGCCGUCAAGACGAUGAAACUCGCCAUCUGCUCGCGGGGGGAGCUGGAGGAUUUCCUGAGCGAGGCGGUGUGCAUGAAGGAGUUCGACCACCCCAACGUCAUGAAGCUGAUCGGGGUUUGCCUGCAGCCGUGGGGGAGGGGCUCGGAGGGGCCUCCCCCUCCCCCCAUUGUCCUGCUGCCCUUUAUGGCCCACGGGGACCUGCACAGUUUCCUGCUCUGCUCCCGCCUCGGGGACCCCCCCACGGUGCUCUCCCCCCGGACGCUGCUGCGCUUCAUGUGGGACAUCGCGGCCGGGAUGAGUUACCUGAGCCAGAGGAACUUCGUGCACAGAGACCUGGCGGCCAGGAACUGCAUGCUGGACGAGCGGCUCCGCGUGCGCGUGGCCGAUUUCGGGCUCUCCAAGCAGGUGGGGCUGUCCCAGUAUUACCGGCAGGGCCGCGGCGCCCCCGUCCCCGUCAAGUGGGUGGCCCUGGAGAGCCUCGCUGAGCGCGUCUACACCACCAAGAGCGACGUGUGGUCCUUCGGAGUGACCAUGUGGGAGAUCGCGGCGCGGGGCCUCACUCCGUACCCGGGGCUGGACAACAGCGAAGUCUUCGAGUUCCUGAGGGGGGGGCGGCGCCUGCCAGAGCCCCCGGAGUGUCCAGAGCGGCUGUACGCUCUCAUGCGUCGCUGCUGGGCCGCCGACCCCCGGGCCCGUCCCACCUUCGAGGAGCUGGGGGGGGCCCUGGGGGGGCUCCUGCGGGGGCUGCCCCCCCCCCCGGAGACCCCCGACCCCCUCUACGUCAACAUGGCAACCCGGGCGGCCCCACGCGCAGAACAGCCGCGGGUUGGCCACGCCCACGUCCAGAAAUGUAUCCAAUCAGAAGAUAGCCCCACCCCGAACCCCCGCCUACCUUUUGACAGACAGAUAUUCUAA